UUUACGCUCAUUCGCACGAGGGUUUGCUUCGCACUACUGCAAAGCGACUAGGUACCAAGUUGGUUGGUGACAUGCAUGCUUGUUCAGGGUGUUCGAUGUCAAAGGCUAUUCGAAAAGGAAUCGUUAGAGAAACUAAACGUAGAUCGGAUAAAAAGUUGGGCAGAGUUUUGUUGACCUGGGAGGAAGGAAGGACAUUGCGUUCGUUGGGGGUAAAUAUUAUCCCAUGAUUGUGAAGGAUGAUUUCACGAGACGUACAUGGAUGUAUUUCCUGAGAAAUAAAUCAGACGCUGGCAGUGCAUUCCGGACUUUUCUUGCGAGUGUGCGUGCUAAUGGUGUCCCGUCAUUCGUUGAGAUUGUUAGAUCUGACAACGGAGGGGAGUUUUUCGGGGGGGAGUUUGCAUCUGUGUGCAAUGAGCUCUUGAUCAAACAAGAGUUCACACCGGCUUAUAGUCCGCAAUAUAAUGGUGUUGCAGAGCGUGGGCUGGGAUUGAUAGAAGAGGCCGCGAUGGCGGCUCGUAUUCAGGCUAAAGUUCUUUUUGGGCAUGUGCAGUUACCUAAGACUGAUAAACUCUGGGCUGAGGCUAUGCACUGGGCUUGCGAAGCGAUUCAUCACACCGCGUGUUCUGCUAACCCCGACUCUAUGUCGCCGUAUGAAAUGUGGUAUGGUGAACCUCGUCCCGCUAGACCGUAUCCGUUUUUGAAGCCAGCGUACUGCAGGUGGCAGCGACCGACAAAGCUGCUGCCGAAGGGUGAGAGUUGCUUUUAUGUCGGUCCUUCGAGAGACCACCCGCGUGAUUGUCAUAGAGUACUUACGAGGGCUGGGACUAUACAGGAAACGAGGGAUGUGACGUGGGAGGUGUUGCAGUCACAGCUCCCUCCGCUGCAACCUUCUCUGCCAAUAGAGCUCGCAGAAGAGGGAGGGGAGGAUAGUGACGACAAUGUUGAAACCGAGGUAUGGCCGCUUGUAGGAAGAGGAGUUGCUCACACACUUUUGAAACGUGAUGCAGUGCCUUCUGGUGCGAGAGUCGAGGAGGUUGAGAGUGUUGGCGCAGGAAGUGUAGGCCCAUCAUUUUCUGUUCCAUCUUCCCCUGCUGAACCGUCGUCCCUCGCGAACAAUUCUUUUGAUAGUGUAGCCUCUGUGUCUUCUCCAAUGCCUGUGAAUGACGGGGAAGGCCAGGGAGGGCAGGAAUCAGGGAAAUUAGAGAUAGGGGAUCCGGGAGGGGAUGAUGAGGAAGAAUCGAUGGAACAGGGAGGGCAUGAUGAUGAAGAGUCGAUUAGGUCGGGAGGACCGGUAGAGGCGGAGGCACCCCCUCCAGCCGCUCGUCGUCCGCGGCAUGUGGCCGAGCUUGCUGACUUUAAUACUGCUUCGCGUGAGAACGAUGAAGUGAAAGAAGGUAGGACUCGCGCGCAAACUCGUGCAGUCAACCAGCAGAGUNUUAAUACUGCUUCGCGUGAGAAUGAUGAAGUGAGAGAAGGUAGGACUCGCGCGCAAACUCGUGCAGUCAACCAGCAGAGUGUUCCGGGCCUUGUGGCCAGCCUAGGACCCAUCUCCGCUACGGAGUUAGUGUAUACACUGAUGUCGGAGCAGAGAGCAGGUGAUGAGACGGAAUUGCCGAAAGAACUGGUUCAGGAUGUUGAGUCAGUACCUGAUAGUUAUCAGGAAGCCCAGCGUUCAAAGUACGCAAAGAUUUGGGAGGGAGUCAUGUCUGCUGAGGUUGAAGGCUUGAUAAGAGCAGGAACGUUCACGUUAGCAGCAAAAGUCCCGAUAGGCUGUAAUGUGAUAGAUGCUAGAUGGGUUUUCAAAUGGAAAGCAGACGAAACAGGAAAGAUAGUGAAGGCCAAGGCUAGGCUUGUAGCGAAGGGCUUCAAGCAGAAGUAUGGUGUGGACUAUCUUGAGACUUUCUCGCCUACCGCAAAUGCUGCAUCUCAUAGAUUGGUAGUGGCGUUGGCGUGCAAGUACAACUUGGAAUUACUCCACUGGGAUAUUGAACAAGCAUUUGUUCAGUCGGAAUUGGAUUACGAGGUGUUCAUGAAGUUGCCUCCUGGCUGUGGUUCGAUGUCAGGAAAGGUUGUCCGUUUGAACAAGAGUUUGUACGGAUUGAAGCAGGCAUCUAGAACAUUUUACAAGAGGCUGGUGUCGGAGCUGAAGAGGAUUGGUUUCGAGCAGUCUAUGUCUGACCCCUGUGUCCUGCGUUUCAUGAUGGGAGACGAGGUAGUGGGGAUGGUCGCAAUUCAUGUGGAUGACUUUCUGUAUGCAGGAACGAAGAGUCUGGCUGAGUUGGUAGUGGCAGCACUAGGUGACUCUCUUCCCACGAAGAAUUUGGGCGAGGUCAGGUUCUUUCUUGGUUGCGCAUUCGUUCGCGACCGCGAGGCUGGUACGAUUGAGAUGUCUCAAGAGAGUUACAUCAGGAGUGUUCUUGAGAGAUUCAAUGUUUGUCGCACCAGCUCGAUCCCUGCUUCCCCUACUAACGAUUACAGGUCCGUGAUGGAGGAUGAGGGGGCAGGAGAUGUGCCGUUCCGAGAGGUGGUGGGGAGCCUGAUGUGGAUCGCCAACCAGACGAGGCCCGACAUCUCGAAUGCUGUGCGGGCGGUGGCAAGGCACUCUCACGAGCCAAAGAAAAGUCACUGGAAGGCUGCUCAGAAGAUUCUAAAUUAUCUUCUGGAAACGGCACAUCUAACUCUAAAAUUCAAACCGGAUAAUUCAGUAGACGCAAGCACAUUAGUGUACGUAGAUGCUGAUUUUGCGAGCAAGGCCAACGACCGUAGAUCAGUUUCGGGAGCAAUAGUGCUUGUGGCUUCGACGCCUGUGGUUUGGAUUUCUAAAACGCAGAAAUGCAUUUCACAGUCGACUUCUGAGGCAAAGUAUCUUGCGAUGGGUGACGGUGUAAAGGAGGCUCUGUUUGUGAAUGGAAUGCUUCAGUUCCCGAGACCUAGUGCGAAGCCUCGGAAGAUAUACAGACGUCCUCGAGGACAACGAAGGAGCGGUUGCGCUCGCAGAGAAUCCGCUUAG